UAAACCCUAAGUCUAGAUUAGUUAACCAUAAGGGUAUAAUUGUAUUUUACCCUUCAUUAAAAGUGAGUGUGAAAGUGGUUAGUGUAAACAUGAAAAGUAUUAUUAUGAAUAUGCUAUUUGUGGCAAUUUUCCUUAAUAGUAUUACAUUAAAUUUGGUGUAAUAUUAUUUACAACACUAUUUACAAUUUUAAGUUUGACAGAAUAACAUAGCCUUAGAGUACUAUUGGAGAUAUUACAUAAGGUCGUGUGAGUGAGUAUACAGUUAUAUUUCGAAUGUAUAUCUUUACAAAAAUUCUGUUGCAAAUAAAAGAAUAAUUUAAAGAUUGAUAAACAUCUCAUACAUAUGUUUAAUAUAAGUUAAGACGAACUUCCUAAACUAGAAUAUUAUCAUCAUACAAAAUAUAUUAAGGUGGGAGGGGUGUUAUUAUAAAUUAGAUUAUAAUUAUUGUUAGAAAUUUCAAGUCUAGUAUUAUUGUUUAUAGAUUUUCACUUUCUAAUUAAAAUCUAGUAUUAUUAAAUUUAUGAUUUUAUAAUUGUUUUCCAAAUCUACUGCUAUUAAAAAAAUUUAGAUUUUAAUGAUUCUAUAAAUCACUUAAAUUUAGAACUAUUAAAAAAUGUAUUUUUAACCAUUAACUCAAAAAUUAAUAUUUUGACAUUAAUACAUAUAUAUCCUUUCGAUUGUUAAAGCUAUUAUAGUAUUUUUUAGAUUUUCGCAAUAUACUAAAUUUUUUCAAACUCUUUCCAAAUUUUACAAAUAUGUCAACUUUUAAAACCAACACUCUUUGUAGCUCAACUCCCACUAACACUUCCUAAAUUCCAAAAUAACUAAAUUGAUUUCAUUUUCCAUUUCAUUGAAAUGUGAUGUAUCCAUGUUUGUUAUCUCUUACCAAAAUAACACUUUGCAGUAUUUUCUACCUACUUAGACAAGCUUAAUCCAAAAUGAAAGACUGGAUUUUUAUAAUUUUAAUUAAAAGGUGUAUAGUAUUCUCUUUAUGAAACAAAUUUAAUAAGAUAUUAUUAGUUCAUAGAUGGUGUGGUAUUAAAACCAUAAAUAUUGAAAGAUAGUGAUAAUGUAUUUAUUAUGUAUAAUAAAUAAUAUUAGAUUUUAUUUUGAUUUUUCUUCUUUCAAAUUAUGACUACUAAACUAGUGAAGAGAUUAUAAUAAAUAUAUAAAGGGGCUGUGUCAAAGGGGCCAAAGAAGACCAAAAACAAAAUUAAAACAAGCACCAAAAUCAGAAAAGACCCCAAUCCCUCUCUCUCUUUCUGCCUCCCUCUCUCUUGUUUCUAUGGGAACGCAACUCCCAAACGCAGACACUGAAUCCCUCCAGCGGUUACUGAAUUUGAGCCUCGGAGUUAACGACAACAACACAGAAAACGUCAACGCAUCACAACCAGCAAACUCCAUUGGUACAGACCAGCCUUUGGGCAUCGAAUUCGUGGAGAAGAUCUUGAACUAUGAGUUCAAAGAUAAGAACUUGCUGCUGCAAGCGUUCACCGAUGCUAGUUUUGAUGAAAACUGUGUUUCUUACGAACGCUUAGAAUUCUUAGGAGACACAGUCUUAAACUUGAUUGUAACCAAAUAUUUAUAUUUUCGCUACGAGGAUGCUACACCUGGUUCAUUGACCAGACUCCGUGCGUUCAACGUUGAUAGAGAGAAACUUGCCCGAGUCGCCGUAAAAUAUAAUCUGCAUCGUUACCUCCGUCAUAAGAAACCCGUGCUUGAGGACCAAAUAUUGAAAUUUGCAAGAGAUAUAGAAAAAUAUCCACUACAUUCGCGUCAUCUCCUGGAAACUCCUAAAACCCUAGCUGAUAUAGUAGAGUCUACCAUUGGAGCUCUCUACACCGACUGCGACUCCUUCGAAACCGUGUGUAAGGUGGUAAAAUCAUUGUUGGAGCCAAUAAUACCAUUAGAUAAACUGGAGAACCAUCCAGUGACAGAACUCAAUGAGAUGUGUCAGAAGAAGAACUUGAAACUGAAGUUCGAUGACAAUACUUGGGAAGUUGAUAAAACUGUUCGUGUCUUUAUUGAGGACCAUUUGGUUGGACAUGGACACCAUCUUGUCAAGAAAGACAUUGCUAAAAAUUGUGCUGCACAAAAUGCUCUGGACAAAUUUUCCCAUACCUUUCCACAGAUUUAAUAUCAUCAUAUUUAUAUAUAAAUUUGUAUGAAACCUCAGUUUUCUGCAAAAGAUAUUAUUUUUCUUUUUUUUUUUUCAUCUGAAUCAAGGCGAAAAGAAAUAACCUCAUCUUGGGUAAAGCCCAUGAAACACCAUUGUAAGUGUCAACAUUUUAUAUGAAAAUUAAAAAUAAAAAGAGAAAUUAGGACGUCUACCAACCAAUUAUGUCAUAUUUAGCACACUGCCAAAAGGCCACUAUUUCUACACUGUUGAUAAUUUCGGAGGACAUUAAUACCCCUAUAGCUUCAUAACCAGUGUGCCUAGGCAAACACUAUCUAAAAGAUACGACAUGAUUUUUCAGAAGAUUUUCACAGGAUUUUUCACAGGAUUGUCAGUCCAAAAUUACAAUCCUUGUCCCAUUUACGAUUUCAAAAUUCGAUAUUUUACAGUUUUUCUCUUUCUUCCAUAGUAUCUUCACUAAUCCAAAAGAUCUCUCAACAUCUCUCCUCCUCCAUCCUUUUUCCUCUCUAAAACACCUUUAAUCCUGUAACAAACCCUAGAUUCUCUAACUUGAGACACCAAAUGAAAGAAGACGAACACCAAGCUCCGCAACUUCCCAUUUCGGAGAGAAUUUUCGCAGGCCGUGAAGAACGAGUCGCGGUGAGGGUACCACUGUAUCACAAACCCUAUGCUAUUAGAUAAAUACUAAAUACCAUCCAAGCUGAAUAUGUAGAAAAAUUUGAGACAGUGCCCAGCUCCAAGAUAAACCUUACGGAUGCUUCUUCUAUGAAGCUCUCAGCCGAUGCGUCUCCUGUGAAUCUCGUGGACUCUGCGUUUCAGGUCAAUCCCUCUGUAUCUGCAUCUCUGGUGAAUCUCUCAGCUGUUGUGUCCCCGGCGAAGCUAUCAAGAUUGAAGUUAUGGAAGCUGAAAUAGAUAAUCACAAUCAAGAGAAGGAAGAUCAUGAGAUAGGCUUAUUUGGUCUCGAGGUUGAAGCUCUCUGCCGCUGGGUCUGAAUCUCUUCGCCGCUGCGUCUCCGGCAAAGCUCUCGGCCUCUAAACAACAAUAAGAGUGGGUUCUCUAGUUGUAAUUAAAGGCAAUAAUUAUUGUAUAUGCAGUGUUUGGAUAAUUAAAUUUAUUACCAGCUCGUAAAACUGUUAACCGAAAACUUUAUCUAAUGGAUAGCUUGAAAAAUUAUUGUACUGUAACAGUGAAUUCCGGAUAAUUGAAAGUUAGGUUUUUUAUAACCAUUAAAAAGUUGUCUGUUAACAAGCUAUCAAACAAAUUACACAUCCAUCUACAAAAUUAACAAGCAAUCUGUAUCAGAGGCAUAAGGGGAUUAGGGAUUUCGAUUUAUGGUUAAAAUGAUAGAGUGUUGGGGUAUGAUAAUUUAUAGCUAAUCUUAUUAUUGACCUGUUAAUUAAUUGUAUUAGUCAUCCAAAAAAUGUGUUAACAAGCUAUCAAACAAGUUACGCAUCUGUCUAAAAUUUAACCAUCAAUCUUAUAUCAUAGGCGUAGGGGGUUUAGGGAUUUUGAUUGAUGUUUAUAACUAUAGAGUGUAGGGAUAUGAUAAUUUAUAGCUAAUAUUAUUAUUAACUUGUUAAUUAAUUGUGUUAGCCAUCCAAAAAAUGUGUUAACAAGCUAUCAAACAAGUUACACAGCCGUGUACAAACCUAACAAGCAAUCAUAUAUCAUAGACGUAGGGGUUAAGGGAUUUCAACUUAUGGUUAAAACUAUAGAGUGUAGGGGUAUGAUAAUUUAUAGCUGACCUUAUUAUUGACAUGUUCAUUAAUUGUGUUAGCCAUCCAAAAAAUGUGGUAACUGUUCACAUAAGAAAUUGGACAUCUGAUAAUUUACUUAUAUUUCUUCUCUAUCAACGAGACCUUAGACUUAAUGAAAUUGUCUAUACGGUUUAGUGUAUAGUAUUACAGUGUCAAGGGUUUUUGAUCAAUGGUGUAUGGUCUAAGGUGUUGUUGUUUGGUUAAGGCUUAUGGUAUUUAUUUAGGAUUUGUGGUUUAGACUUUAUGGUCUAGGUCUUAGUAUAUUUUGUUUAGGGUUUACGAUUUUUGGUUUAGGGUUAAGCUUUAUGAUUUCGAACCAUAAAUUAUUUUAGAUAGCUAACCAACAAUUUUAUUGAACCUUUUUUACAAGACUAAUUCACUCCAUGUCACUGAAAAAAAUCUAAAACAACUAACUAUGAUCUUUACAUUAGUUUACAUCUCUGAUAAGCAAAUCAAUAUUCUGACCAUUUUUUGACUUAUUAAUGUGUAUGGCUAACCUAAAAUGUAAGUAACCAUCAUUUUCAAGAAUAAUAUAUUUGAAUCAUUUAUAACCGGCUAAACUCCUCUUUGCACAAGCUAAGAUUUAGUACAUACAUCCAUGAUAUAUUGUAGCCGUGUAAUAAUCAUAUUAUCAUAGUAUAGCUCUUUAUUAUAUCGUAUUAGAAGUCUUUAACUUGUUGUAACAGCUCAAAGGUCUUCGAACGUAGAAAUGAAUCACGUUGAGGAUGGGGAAGUAGAAAACGUCCAUAUUUUGAUUAGCUGGCUAAACGAAUAACCAACCAUAUACACGACCAGACAGUCAGCCAAUUCCAAAACGGUACCGUUGGAAAAGUGAUUCGGGGAAUCUUUGAACGAUAGAUGAUGAACUCCUGUAGAGAGAACUCAUAAUCUUGUUCAGGACUGUGAUUAUGAAUGGUUGGAUGCAUUCAAGUGAUUAUGUAGAGGAAGAAAAAGAAAAAAGAAACAGAGAAAUUCAUGACCUUUUUCGGUUGUUCGCAACUCGUGAACUCUUGAAGAAAAAAGUAGAGAAACUUAUAAACUGACCUUCUCUGAUGUUGUUUAAUUCAUUAGAAAAAUGCAAAAAAAAAAGAAAAAAACUUAUGAACUCCUGAGGGGAGAAGGUUUCACCACAGCAGAGCACAAUCCAUUCUCUCUGAACGAGGAAAAUUUCGAAAUCUAAUCCAAAAUCUUUUCUAUAUCUUAUUGUACUACCAAGAUAUCUGAAGAUACUAAUUGUACUUGCCCUACACUUUCUGAAACAGAAACAUCGUUAUGCUAAAGGGGUAGUUUCGACAAUUUCAUCACACCACGUCACUAAGCUUUCUGCUACUUUCACUGUUUUUGGCACUUAAUUAAUUUUACUAGUUUCCUUUGUUUUUGAGCAAAUUAUCCCAAAUAAAAAUAUAUAUACUACAAAAUAUUUUAUUUUCUUUUGGUGUUGCCACCUCACUAUCCAUAAGCAUACCAUAUCAUUUAAUAAUAAAUUCAAUAAUUUAGAUAUAUGUAAAUUAUUCUAUAAAAGACAAAUGAUAAUUUAUCAUAUUCUAUAUCCUCAAACUAAGCACAGUACAGUAUAAUUGGUACAAAAGCACAAUACAAAUGCCUAUUACAAAUGUGUACCGAUAUCCGCUGAGGACACUACAAACUUCAUCUUGUCUUCCAAUUGCAGCCCAAAAAUGGUUGCACACCUUACUCAUCGAUAUCCAACAGCUCGUAAGAGCAUUUCUCUGUGCUAUUUAUGUUGGUCUCGUCGAAUAUCUCUGCCGCUAGCUUCAUUGAACUUCUUAUCACACAACUAAGAUGGAAACGUCAUGCAUUUGGCAUGACAUUCUAUAUACUUCAAGAAAACACUCCACUAUCACCACUUUGUACGUUUUGUGGUACUCCUGACUUUGAGAUCCGCUCAUGUGUGAAUUCAUUUGGGUUCAUCUUUUUCUUCUUGCCGUGAGCUAACUAACGAAGCAUGUACGCCAUUAUGUGAUGUGGGCAAUACGAUUCACAAGUUCCCAACUGUAGCAAUUUCUUCAUCCUUUGAGUGAAUAAUACCACUAUCCCAAAUCACUAUGUGCCUCCUAGAAAUUGAUAUGAAUUGAUACCCAUAAUGCUACCCAAUGAUUGUUUUUGAUGUGUAAUGGUGCAUAUAUAUUAUCCACCUACAGUCCCCAUAUCUUUUUAUACAAUAGGCUAGCUCGUCACAUGUGUAGUGUUCUAAGGCUCCAAGAGGGAGUUGUUUAUCUGAGCAGUCAAGAAUGAGAGAAGAGUUCAGAAACUCUAAGUACUUCGCUGU